UCUUAAAUGGUGGAUGUGAGGAUAUUUGCAUUCCACUACAAAGACGACGUAAAUGUCAAUGUGAUCUUGGUUUGAAGCUUCAACCUGAUUCAACCAGCUGUGAUAAUAAUGUUUAUACGACAAAUUUCAUUGUGGUGACGGAUUUUACUCACAGAAGGAUUUUGCAGAUAGACCUUAAUACAGGGAAUAUAACAAAGCUUCCCAUAAUCAUAGAAUCGACCUCUUCUAUUAUGCUCGACAAGUCAACUUUGGAACUUUACUUUGCUGACAUCUCUACAAAAACAAUUAUUUCAACUACGCUUCAUGGAAAAAAUAAAACCGUAUUUUAUUCAUCAGGGUUUGCUCAAAUUUCAAGGAUGGCAAUCGACUAUUCUACAGGGAACAUUUACUAUACAGCAAGAGGGUCUACCACUAAUGAAAAUCAUAUUGGUGUUGUAAAAAGAUUCAGUUCAAUUCAUAAGACUUUACACUCUAACAUAUUAACACCAAGAGGAAUUGUUCUAUAUCCAUCAAAAGGUUUCAUGUUUUGGACAGAGUCAUACGCUGGAAACGUGUCACGAAUUGGUAAAUCGUAUAUGGAUGGGACUUUGAAAGUUUACAUAGUGACAUCUGGCCUUAAUUGGCCUAGUGGUCUUGCAAUUGACUUUAAAACUAACAGGUUAUAUUGGACAGACGGGUAUACGGACCGCAUUGAGUAUUCAGACCUAAAUGGAGGAAACCGUCACGUUCUAACAACUGAUGCUGACGCACAUUUGAUGAGUAUCGUGAUAUCUGGACAACACUUAUUUUACACUGCAUGGAAUAGACAACGAAUAACAAAACUGGACAUAACAACGAGAUCAAAAGUUACUUUUAUGUCAAAACAUCCAGAGCUUGGUAGACUUGACGACUUAGAUAUAUUUGCAGAUGACACAAUUGACGUUCACCCUAUUUGCUCGAAGAGAAAUGGCGAAUGUAGUACUUUCUGUUUUCCAACACCAAACGGAAGAACAUGCGGAUGUGAAGACGAUGUUGGUUUACAAGCAGAUCAAACAACUUGUGAAGGAGUGAUUCUCUGUCCGUCAUCAAUUGCCGAUGCUGUGCUGUCAUCCAGUUGCAGUCGUAGAGCCGGCGAAUCGUGUGAAAUCACAUGCCUUGAGGAAAACGGGUCUCACGACAUAGUUUGCACGAGUGAAGGAACCUGGGACCAAGACACAAGACAAUUAUGUUUAAUUAAAUUAUGUCCUUCAACACUCAAAAAGGGAAAGCUUCACUCUGGUUGCACAGCAAAAGUUGGAAACAGUUGUUUAUUUUCGUGUGAAGAUGGCUACAAAUCCACCAUUAAUUCUUCAAAAAUUGUAUGCACUUCUCAGGGCACCUGGAACGAAAAUAUUGAGGAAUUAUGCAAAGAGGAUAAACCUAAUUUUGAGAAUGAAUGGUUAACUGGUGUUUACAUCGGAUCCUCGGUAGGAGGCGCUCUCAUCAUUGUCACUUUGAUUACCGCCUUAAUUUGCGUCAUCAAACGAGUAAAAUCAAAAUCAAAUGCUUCAAAGAGACGACCUAAAGAUGGCCAUAACUCUUACCUGGAAUUUGACAAUAAUGUAUUUUUGGCUUAUGAUGGAUCAAAACCGUAUGCAAGUGUUUACAGUACCAUAGAAGACAUGCGCAAUUUUUAAAAGGAAAUAUGCCUACCAUCUAUAUGGUGAGGUGCUAAAUGAUUUCUCUGUUGUUGUACUGUAGAGUUAUUGAACUUACAUCGGUUGUACAAAUGCAUGAGCUAGCAAUUACUCCUUUUUAUAUAUAUCUUAAACAUUUUCCUUGAUUUAUAAUUAUUAUCCCAACUAACAAAUUAAUUAAAUUCGUUUUAUAAUUUUCUUUGUAUCGGUAUUCAAAUUAACGCCUGUCCUGCAAUUUUCACCAACCAAGGGUUUCUGAUACGCCAUUUUCCAUAUCAGACCUUGGCACAUGGUGUUAAGGUUUCAUCAAAGGUCAACAUGUCAAAACAUUUAUUUUUACAAUAGCAAAAAAUCUUUGUGAUGUUUAGAGUUAAUACUUUUA